UACAGAGAUUUAGAUAUUGGUACAUUCAGUACAUUGAUAGUAACAUAAAAAUCAAUCUGUAGUUAUAAUUUGAUAAACAUUUCUAAAAUAUCACAGCACUAAUCCACCUACAAACUUGAUACAAUAUGUCUUGAAAGUUCACUAAGAAAGAGGACCCUUGAAUCUUGUACCAAUCUAUGUGAAUUCAAAGCUGUUUUCAAUGAGCAAGUGUGAAUUUGGCUAAGCAAUAAAUCAAAACUUGAAAUAUUUUUACAACUGCUUUUCACUAAUACCAAAUUAAACAUUGUCCAGAUUAGCACAUAAUAUCAAAUAGCUUUAGGCAUUACUUAAGAUUAUAAGGGUCAUGAGUUGAGACCUUCAUUAUCAUAUAUAAUUACCAUACCAUAUGACUUGACUAUAUGUAAACAAGGUAUUAAAUUUUAUUGUAACCCUAGCAACCUGAGCUGAGUGUUGUAUAUAUCAAUAAUUCAAUAUACAUAUUAGUGAUAUUACUUCGGUUUACUGGCUUUGUUGGGUUCUACCAGCUUAAGUGUGUUGGUGUUAUUUCAUACUCCUGAAUUAAUGUGAGGUGAAGUUCUCCAAGGUAGAAAUUAGGGGAUUAUUGUAUGAACCAUGCACAAAGUUGCAUCGCUAGCCAUUCCGCUUCAGAGUGCAAGACAUCGAAGACAAUCUGUAUCACAAGGUGGUAAUGAUGCUAAGGGACAAAAAGCAGUCAAACAACCUAUUUCAAUCUGGCCAGAGUGGAAUGACCAAGAAAUUGCUUCUGAGAAAUGGGAUAUAUCUCACAAAGGGAAAGACAAGGAAAAAGGGAAAAGUCCUAACCUGCAUGCUUACGAGGAUCCAGAAGGACGUGUUGAUCUACCAGCCGUAAUUCAAGCAAAGGUUGAAUGUUGGAAGAGACCGGUUGAUUUUAUUGAAGAUAAAACCCCAGUGAUUGUUGAUCCCGAUGGUUCCAAAGAAAAAGACAUUGAUUUGAUAUCAUCAAGUUCAGAUGUGAUCAGCUGUUCUGAGAUAAUGCGUUGUAUAAUAGCUGAGAUCACCAACUUAUAUAAAUUGAAGCCGAACAUGGACACGAUUGAAUCACGCUAUGUUAAAGACGUGAAAGAUGUCCCUCAAGGUGAUGAUGGCGUAUGGAAACCAUGGCAACACAUCUGGCCGAAGGAGAAGAGCAAGAAUGGUGUUUGUCCUGUGUAUAACACUGGUGGAAAAUACGCAGUAAAAGUCUACUGGAUGGGGUGUUGGCGAAAGGUGACGAUAGAUGACUGGAUGCCUUUCAACAGUGAUGGAGAACUUUUACUACCUUCUUGCAAGAGAUCCAAUGAACUGUGGCCGAUGCUGCUGGCGAAAGCCUUACUCAAAGUUGCAUCACUUGAUUAUCACGGAGGAGAAGCAUCGUGCGAGUUUGGUGACUUCAGCGUGGUUCAGUGCUUGACUGGAUGGAUCCCUGAAGUCAUUCCACUAAGAGGCGAACACGGCGAUGAUUUAUGGGCAGCACUCGGUAAGAUUCUUCCUCACUGGAAACUGGAGAACUCCAUCACAUUGGAGGAGGCGAAGGAAGUCAGCGCACAACCGGCGAAGAAGAAAGAUGAAAAAGAGAAGAAAUCACGAGAGAAACUUGAGAGAGGAGUGAUUUCAUCUCAGAACACGUCAGACAGAUCAUCCGAGCAACGGGAGAACAGGAUACGGGAGAAAGACAGCAAAGAGAAAUUUCUUAGUAAUGCUGCAAGUAAUGCGAUGUUAAAGGAUGCAGUUAUAAAGGAACCAGAGUUUGCUGUCUUUGCUAGUUACUGCAAUCCACCCAAGAAGCCUCUAAGAGUAUCCGUGCUCAGGGAAAUGGCUGAUGCAUCAGAGAAACUUCGUCAAUCAGGCCUCUCACACAAUCACCCGCACUCCGUGAUGGUGACACUGCGCCGCGAUUGUCCCUUCGUCGCUCCUCCGCCACCCGUGGAAAUACCUCGCUGGAGAUUGAUUAGACAGAAGAAACACAAGCAGCCACGUGAUCCCCGGUUGACCCCGAUUACCCCUCCUAAGGAACCACAGUUCUUGGAAAUAACCUCGCCUUUUGUGGGAUAUUGUGUUAGCCCAACACCUGUCGCCAGAGUUGACACUCCGUCAUUCGUGAAGUAUCGUCGAGACAAGGACAAAAUGGCGGAGAUUUCAGAAGAGGGAGAUGAACUGGAUGAUGAUGAUGUUGUAAAGAAAGGAGGCGAAGAAGAACUGGGACAAGUGGAAGAAGAAAAAGCGGAUGAAGCUGAAGCACCUCCUGUAAAGGAUGACACUGCAAAUAAUCUCACCAAACAAGGCAGUAUAACCGCUCGUAGCGACAAAUCCGAUGAUAAGAAGGAUGUUCCGAAAGCCACGAAGGACGCCGGAGUGAAGCCGAUAAAAUCCGAGCGAUCAUCGACGACUCUGAGUCAAGACAAGGAUAAAGAUGUGAAACAGAACAAGACGAAGAAAAUGAGCAAAGAUCUGACGAACGAGAAGAAAAAUGACCAGAGUAAAAAUCCUGCUGGAAGACGAAUGUCCAAGGUCGAUGUCAAGGGCCUGUCCGAGAAAGAGUUAAAGAAGUUAGCCAAGGCUGCAGAGAAGGAGGCCAAGAACGAGGUGAAGGUUGAGAUCACAGACACGAGCGAUGUCGAGAAUGACGGAUUGGAAGAUGGCGCACCAGCCACAGAACAGGAGAAUGAAGAUGGUACUCCUGGGACUAAUAAAGAGAAAACAUUUUGGAUAGAAUAUGAUGAUUUCUGGAAAUGUUUUAGAACUCUCCAUAUCUACCAUAAACCAGUCACUUACAUGUACAGUAAAUCUCAUCUGGAGUUAAAGAAUGUCGCUUUAACGACUCACAGUAAGAAAUCAGGCAUUGGUUUACACAACUCGUCAGUUGCUGCGCAAAAUUCGGGUAAAGGCCAAACUAACCCGCCGGUCCCUGUGGGACAUCAUGUCCUUGGGGGUAUACCUAUAGAUCCCCCGCCUCCCUUCCUAUUCGUGGACAGUGUGAAUGUAAUCGAGAUUGUUGUGUGUCUUACAUCGUUCUCCAAAUGGUUGGAUCCACCUCAACCGAUAUUCCGGGAGAAAGGCAGGGAGUCUGGAAGCAACACUGAGUUGAAAGUUGAGUCGGCGACGGAGUUGAAUCCAGUCCCUCCGACGCCAGGAUUGCUGGUGGCCGAACCGUAUACCUGGAAGAGUCUGGUAACAGGUCAACCUUGUCUUAAAAUAAAGUCAACUGGUUCUAAAGCCGCCGUGUUGGUUCUUCCUCCAGGUCGUCACUUGCUAAGGUUUCUACUCCAGUCUCCAAAUGGUUACCACGUUGGACUGUGUUCUCAAACUCCAUUCACAUUUGGUGACGAAGAUCAAGUUAUGAUCUGUUUAGCGAAGGAGAGUUGUCGGUUUAUUGAGCAUACAACAAGCGUCGUUCAAAAUGUCGGCCAGGUCGUGACAUCGUUUAGUGAACUGAGUACGAAUAACAAGCACACAAUCUUGGACUUAGGGGUGAAGGAACAGCACCAGGAUAUGCAGGAGAGACACUUUCAGGUGUUUAUGAUUUGUUUGCUGGAAACGCUGAGUACUCAGCUAGGUGAUGAGUAUACCCGAGAUAUGCACUUCGCGUGGAAAGCAUUCGAGUUCAUUUCUCAAGUCUACCUCAAAGAGAGAUUCUCGUUUCGUCCCAGAUCUUCGGUGGAUGUCGCCCGCAUUGGUAGCGUUCAUAAGAAGCGCUCCGAUCUUUCCCGAUGUCUAUCUUCGUCGAGUCAUCAUCGUACAGCGACGAUUGACGACAAUUCUGCUGCAACUAGGAUCCAAGCCGUAUUCCGUGGUUACUACGUUCGCAAGUUGAACACAGCAUAUAGACCUGACUCGACAAUCCACCAGCAAGUUCAUGAAAACCUCAGCAAGGCCUGGGCGAUCAUGGAGAACAACUUGGAGUCAUUCUCUCUUCAGUUAUACCGUCGUAUGUACAAAAUCGAUCCUAGUCUCUUCGCCAUGUUCCCGUUUUACAACGAUGAUUGGACCAGAGUGACCCACAACGAUUAUAACAGCAGCUUCACAGAACAAGCCGCGAACACAUGGUUCCUGCUUUUCAGGGAGGUAUUCUACGUGGAUGAAGAGAUCUUAGCAUUACCAAAAAUGUACAGCAAUAUUCCAACUUGCUUCCUGCGUGUCAUCAACAACGACACAUUUGAGGAAAUUCCUAAAGUCUUCCAGCGGGUGGCGCCGUAUAAAUUUACUAAAAACAAGCAUGGUUACACAUUUCUCGCGGAAGCUCGAACCACUCUAUCCUCUCUCGCAUCCGGGAAGUUUCGCUUGCGUCUGAUUGGUUCAACUGAACCCCUGCCAGCUCCAGACGGGGAUUCUGUGAAUUCCCAGUUUGUGGCAAAGGAGAUAAGGGAUUACUACAUGCCCAACAAAGAUCACGUUUUACUUCGAUAUUCCGUCCAUGUGACUGAAGAUCAGCUAAUUACUGUUCAACUGGGAACUUCAAAGACCGAUGUCUUGAUCAAGUUACAGAUCUUAGACCACGAAGAGGAAGUGGCUUGUUCUUAUGGUCGUGGUCAUACUGUACUACCAGUGUACAUCGUAAGAAGAGACAGGCAAGCCGGUGAAGAGGAGAACCGACAACGUAAACGGGGUUCCAGACCUCCAAGUAAGGACAGCGGUAAGGAUGGCGAAGCGGCGCCAGGUCGCGCGGGAACGGCCGGAGGAAAGAAUCCUAAAUCAAAGUCAAAGAAAGGCAAAGACAGUUCACCAGCGCAUUCCAGACCAGGAUCAUCAAUAGAUAAGCGCGCUGCUCAGCGGAGUAUGAAUCGCAGUAUAACCCAAGAGGAAGAUAUGAAACCUCAGGUUCACAAGUACAUCAUCCAAGCGUUGGUCCUCCGCGACAGUUGGCCACUCAACAAAGAAUCUUGGGACUUUGUUCUCUCGCAGAGAAACGCCGAGAAAACUGAUCCUCUUGAUUAUACGCAGGAGUCGUCCAGUCGUGGCGAGAAGUCUGCAGGUCAGAGUAAGGGCAAGAAAAGCAAAGAUGGCAAGGAAAGUAGAUCGAGUAAGAAUCAAUCUGGCUCCAGGCCAGCCUCGCAGCAACUCAACUUCGAUACAACAAAGGCUCACUGGACAUUGAGGAUUGUUACCGAUGCAAGUCUUGCAGACGAUGUUGAUAUAAAAAAAGACACGGAAAGACAGGACGAAAUUCGUGCAAUGAAAGCUGCAUGGGAGACAGCCGAACCUGGCCGAGCUGCGAAGGCCUACAAAAGUCGCCAAAAAUUUCUCAACGAACAUUUGAUCAAAGUGAAAGAUCCGGACAUAGAAGAAGCAGAUCAGGGGGAAGAGCAGCCAGAAGCGAUUGAUAUUGCAUCAUCGUCGGUAUCCGCAUUGGCAACUGAUCAAGAGGAGGAGUUGUUUAGGGAACCUCCACCAAGACAACCCAGUCGAGUUUUGAAGCCUUUUGAUAUCACACCAUACAUGAGGUGUGGUGGCAAUCGUAUUGUGUUGGACGAGGCUGAGGAGAACAAACGUCGGCAACAAAAACAAGAAAUAUUUCGUCAACAUAAACAAUGGAGAGACGAGGUGGAAAAAAGACGAGAUAUGGAUAGACAACAGAGAAAUAUAGCCAAGGAAAAACAGAUUCAGAUGUGUGAAGAAUGGCAGGCAGCGUUGGAUAAAGUUCGAGAGGAUAUAAACACGGCCCGCGAGGCGUAUAGACAGACAUUUAUUGUGCAGGAACCACCAGAAGAAGAGGCAAUUGAAGCAGUCAAGGAAAGAUCACCAACACCUGCUAAAGGACGGAAAGCAAGCAAAAGUCCAAAAGGAGCUCGGAAAUCUCCCAAAGCGAAAAAGAAAUGAGACGUAUCUUUUUUUAAAUAUUAAUGUGUAUAUUACGAAUUGCCUGAAUUUUAUUUAUUAGAAAAAGCUAAUAUAUUAUAUGCGGUAUUGUGUC